AUGACAAGUGUCUGGCGGCGAAUACAAAAGUCGAACAAAAAAUCAGUCAAAUAUCGUUUUACAAUUACACCGCAGGAAUUAUUAAUUAUUUGCUCCACAAAGUGGCAUCCGCAGACUGUGGUCAUAACUUGCAUGCACAGGAGGCGAAAAGUGGAGGGACGAGUACGACGAUGGGAGAGUAGCAUGACGGAUCCUUGUCGAGGUUUAAUUGUUUGGCCAUCACAGACACCGGAUCCGUUACUUUUCGACACAACACUGUAUUGCGACGAUUCAUCCCAUCAUUUUAGCGAUAAAGAAUGGACUUUGUUGGUGGAGGAAUGCACACGAAAAGGCAAACGAAAAGCUAUCGCUGCUGUCAAUUUAAAUAUGCCCCUUUUCAUUCAGGAUCCAGAAACAGUAGUUGAGCUAAAAUUAAAAUUGCGACCAUUAUGUCCAGAAUUGUCUCAAUGUUCAAUGCAAAUUUUGAUAUCAUCAGUGCUUAUUGGUGAUGAAGAAGCAAACCACUUCGGUACGAAAAGAGAAAUAUCAAAUAUUAACGGUGGACACAGAGCUAGUAUAGCAGGUGAUACUGCAGAAACAGAACAACGAACCAGCAACGUGAAAGACAGUACAGUUGUUACCAGUUAUUCAAUGAAUUUAAAUGAUAUCGAGAGGUGGGAAAUACGUGACGAAGGAAACGAGGUAGAUUUGACUUCUCGAACUGAAGAUGCUUAUAAAACUAAUGGUACUACUGAUAAACGUGGAGAAUUUUUUGAUCGCAACCAUACCCAUUUUACGACUCGAGAUUCCAGAAUGGCAUGUGCUGUUGAAAGAAAAAAACUGGUACACGUAGAUGUUAGCGAAUCUGAAACUGGAAAUCAGGAUGCAUUCCGAACAAUAGUAACUGGUCACCUAUCGCGACAUGAAUCGAAGUCUAGUGAACAAGCGGAAGCUGAACUGACUGACGUAGCCUUUCAAGCGACGGAUAAACUUCAGAAUUUAAAUAUGGAAAAAGGACUUAAAACAUUACCUGCCGUGGUGGAAGGCGAGGAUCUUCUUACGUGGUGUCAAAGGGUGACCAUAAAUUAUCCUUCAGUCAAAAUAACUGAUUUUACUAAAAGCUUUCGCUCGGGUCUUGCUUUCUGUGCAAUUAUCCAUCGCUAUCGCCCAGAUUUACUUGGACCGUUUGGAAAAUUGAAUUUUACAGAUUCACACAGCAACCGCCUUGAGAAUUGUCGUAGAGCAUUGGAUGCUGCUGCUGUAAUUGGCGUGGAAAAGAAACUGGACCCCGGUAUCACUGUAACAUUACCUGAUCGAAAUGAUAUUCGAUCUUUUUUAUCCGAACUACGCAUGCUUCUUGUGGAUAUUCCAGCUAUUAAACGUGAAUUAAGUGUAAAUGAAUCGGACUAUCGAAUAUCCUCACUCUUCAGUUUGUCAGAAUCGGAAACAAGUGUUAUGAGAGAGCUUGAAAUUCUUCGCCGACAGCGUGAACGUGAAGAAGCCGUUGAUCUGACCAAUAUUAUUGAUGAAGACCGUACGAAAUCUAAUGCCGUUGUACCAAGCUCCCAGAAAGUGGGAAAUAUAGGAAAUAAGGGCGAUGAAAAAAGAUCAAGAAAGCUGAUUGAUCCAUUUGAUUCUGAUUCCGAUUCAGAUAAUGCAAGCAAGCGCGCGACAUAUAUACCGAUGGUACGUAAAUCAAGUUCGAGCAUUAUUACAAACACAGAUGUUAGUACAAAUAUUAACGCAGUUCCGAUUUCAUCGAUUGUUACAACUCGUCAUGAAGAGCUGAUGAAAAAACGUCAACAAAUAUCCUCUAUUCCAUAUAUAAUUGCUGAUUCCGCGGAUGCAUCAGCACGUGAAAGGCGACAUCGAGAGGAGGCUCGACGCUUGAUGAAUAAUGCUACUGCCGGUGGUGUGACAUUAGUACUUGGUGGUAGUGCACCAACAACGGCCCAUCAAUCACCGACAGUGGCAGCUGCGUCUGACUUGCUUCGAAAGCUGUCGCCAUGUGCCAGUGAAGAUGCUGGAAGAAGCGAUUUGCAUACACUUGAAUUGGUUGCUUCAACGGUGAAAAUUUACAACUUCAAAAAGAUUCAACCUUCUCCAACGUUUCAACAUGAAAUAUAUGAAGCACCAAUAACUGCGCCACAUGAAAGACCUACUCGAAGGUUAUCAAACAGCAGUGCUGAUAUUCAAAAAAAUAGCCUCGGUGUGACGCUGGAUCGAGCGAAAAGGUAUGGUAGUAUGAGAGGUCAGGAAUUAAUUGAAAGCGUUGCAAAAGUUGCUGGACGAGCGUUCACAUCAUCUAUAUCAACUCUGGAAAAUCCUGUUAGUGUAACGCCAACGCGAAAAUUGAUUUCUCAGUGGGAGAAAGAUGGUGCAGAUUUGGAAAAGAUUCAAGCAGAGUUGAAUCGUCUUUCGAAAUGUUUGGCGCAAGUUUCCGCUGAGGAUGAAAUUAUUUGUUCACAGCUCAUGAAAGCAAAAGUUUCGUCGGAAGAAGAGGAACGUUUAUUGCAAGAGCAUAUGAGAUUACUGACUGAGAAAGAUGCCGUCGUUAGACGAACGGAAUAUUUUAAUGUUCUGGAGCAGUUACGUGAAGUGGAAGAUGAAAUAACAAAGUUGCAGCAUAAAUUAGGCUCUGCUUCUAUUAUUGACGAAGUUGAUAAGACUGAAGACGAUAAACAGAGAAUUGAUAAAAUGAUGGAUGAUUUGGUUGCGCUGGUGAAUAAAAAAGAUCGCCUAUCACAGAAGCUAAUAAGCCAUGAAGCAGAAGAUGAAGAGAUAGACGAAAGAGAUCGAUUAACUCUAGAAGCAGCUGCGAACUUUUCACGUGGCUCCGAACAACCAUUAUCAGCUUCCAAAAGAAUAAUAACCUGGAUUCGGUCCGAAAUUAGUGGCUAAACAAAAAAAAGCAUUUAAAUCUUUUUACGCUUUUGUUUCUUUUGUUAUUAACACUUUGUUUUCUGCUGCGGUCUCUAUAUGUCGCUUUUAUAAUGAGCACUUAAUUCCACUAAGA